AUCUCUUUUCUCAGCGACCACAGUCCAUCAUGAAUGCUAUUCUUCCCCAGGAUAUUGUCGAACAGAUCAUCAGCCAUGUCUACCCCAACAUCGAUUCUCUUCGUACGCGUUAAUCGCCGGCGCUUGGUAAUCUCCGAGCAGAGACUUAUUGUAUUCUAGAUUUGACUUUCUCGGGGCACGCAGGUCUAUAGAAAUGCUCAGGCAUUAUAUCGACCAUCCAGACCUCUUGGAAUGUGCUCAGACGCUGUCGAUCAACGUGCCACAGCCAAUGUGGCGUGACAGAUGGCAUGGCUAUGACACUGUAGGACUCUCUUACAGCUCACUCCUUGAUGCCCAGUUCCCCCGAGCUUCCGGCCUCGGAAUCGGAUCGUUCAAUCUCCCACAUACAGAGGAGUGCUACUUCAAGAGGCGCUUCCCAUCCUUGACAUCACUCUUGAACUCUGAUAUCUCAUUAGACGAGUUGCUUUCUCUCAUAAUGUUCUUCCCUCGUCUAUCAUCCCUUUCUCUUCAUAAGGUUCCCCCUGAAUCUCAUGACUCUGGUGAAGAAGGAAUCCGGCAGACUGUGCCGAUCAGCGUCCUGAUACGUCUCCGUCAUCUGGAGACUGAUAUGGGACUGGGAUCUGUGGGUUUUAUCAAAUUCGUCGAGAACCUUCCGGUGAAACCACCAGUCUCACACGUGCGGAUACUCUGGGAUGGUAGAGGCCCCCGUCGCGAGCUGGCGGCCCAGGAGACAGUGUUCGCGAAGGAUGUCUGUGCAUACCAGAGGCACGUUAAGAUCGCUGUCCAUCAGGGAUCAUCGUAGCAAGAGAGGCACAAAAACCCCGUAUGUAUUCGUACCCCCCACCCCCGUUAAAAUUUCUAUGUUGGCCACAUAGUCAGUUUCGGUGACUACAAACAGCUCUGUCGAGUCGAGUUUGAUGUGACAUUUGCACAUAACGCACACUGGGUGCAGGAUCUGUUCUCUGACGUCAUAUUUGAUUCCUUGGAUG